CUGCAAAGCACCGCGUUGCUGCGACAUCACCAAGCCUGCGAAGAAGCCACUCGUGGCUGUGAUCGAGUCCUUGUCUUUCGGUGCUGGUGCUGGAUUUUACUCUAUUGGGCCUGUUUCUCGCCCAUCACUGUUGAUGCCUGGCAGGAAGUGAGUCCAGGCUUUUGGAUUGCCGUGUGAAGCCGCGAUCGCGUCGAUACUUGCUGCUGCUGUCCGGGAACCUACUGAAUCAAACCCGGCUUACGGAGACGUACAUCAUGGCGGUGGACUUUUCAAAGGUCUACUCUGCUACCUAUAGCAGUGUCCCGGUCUAUGAAUUCAAGAUAGACACGGACAGUGUUAUGCGAAGGCGGGCGGACGAUUGGAUUAACGCAACUCAUAUUCUCAAAGUUGCUGGAUUCGACAAGCCGGCACGAACCCGUAUUCUCGAGCGUGAGGUACAGAAAGGGGUCCACGAAAAGGUACAAGGUGGUUACGGUAAAUAUCAAGGAACGUGGAUUCCGCUUCCCGAAGGUCGUUUGCUCGCUGAACGCAACAACAUCAUCGACAAACUACGGCCGAUCUUCGAUUAUGUCGCGGGCGAUCGAAGUCCUCCGCCUGCGCCCAAACAUACAUCCGCAGCUUCGAGACCAAGGGCCCCGAAAAAUGCCAACAAGAGGGUUACGAGUGAGGAGGUCUUCAGUGCGGUUAAGCCGCAUCGUAGCAUGGGGCCGCCGCCGACCUUUUCUCACGACCAGUAUGAGAUCAAUGCCGGAUUCGAUGAAGAUGAGUCGAUGGAGCAAACAACCUUGGAGUCUUCUUCCAUGGUGGCGGACGAGGAGAUGAUGACCAUGUCCCAGAAUGGUCCAUACUCCCGAAAACGCAAACGUGGUAUGAAUGAGGUGGCUGCAAUGUCACUGAGCGAACAGGAGCAUAUUCUCUAUGGAGACCAGCUUCUAGAUUAUUUUAUGACGGUGGGAGAUGCCCCAGAGGCGACGCGCGUCCCCCCUCCAGAGCCUCCGGCCAAUUUCCAGGUUGAUCGUCCAAUCGACGACUCGGGCAACACGGCACUUCAUUGGGCUUGUGCAAUGGGUGAUUUGGAAAUAGUGAAAGAUCUUCUGCGGAGGGGAGCGGAUAUAAAAGCGCUGUCAGUGCAUGAAGAGACCCCGCUUGUGCGUGCUGUCUUGUUCACGAAUAACUAUGAGAAACGGACGUUUCCAGCGCUAUUGGAACUCCUGCUCGAUACUGUCUCGUUCAGGGACUGGUUUGGUGCCACCAUUUUCCACCAUAUCUCCGAAACCACCAGGAGCAAAGGGAAAUGGAAAAGUUCGCGGUAUUACUGUGAGGUGCUGCUGGAGAAACUGCGAUCUACAUUUUCCUCGGAUGACAUCGAACUGUUACUGUCUUGUCAAGACUCAAAUGGAGACACGGCGGCUUUGGUGGCCGCUCGGAAUGGCGCUUUUCGCCUGGUGAACCUGCUAUUUACGCACUGCGCGCGGGCUGGGGACCUGAUUAACAAAAAAGGCGAAACAGCGGCUGGCCUUACGCAAAGGGCACACCAUUCCGAGCGGGAAAUCCCGCCAGCACCUUCGUCUAUCACGAUGGGAAAUGAUCACGUCGAUGGUGAAGCGAAUGGCCCCAUCAACUCCGACCAUCAGUCUGUUGCUCUACCGCAGGACUCGUCCUCUGCUACAUCAACGCUCCUAUCUAAAAUAAGUGUUAUCAUGGCCGAAGCCAACAAGAAGCUUGCAGUGAGCUACGGGAGCUCCAAGGCCAAUCAGCAAGACUCAGAUGACGUUGCGAACCCGGAGGCUCUAUAUGAGCAAUUGGAGUUGGAUCGACAGAAGAUCAAGAAGCAACUGGCCAUUUUAACGGCAAGAGAGGCCCAAGAAGAGUCCAUUGACACGCAACUGGAGCGGUAUGAGCGACUGAGAAGUAGCUACGAGUCGCUUCUCGAGCAAAUACAGCAAUUCCGUCUGCAAAAGCGACUUCUCUCAACCCCAUUACCCGCGAAGGAAAACACGGCCCCGUCCUCGACAGACCAAGACAAACUCCUCAAUAUCUAUCGACUUAGCCGAGAGUUGUGUUUGGCGCAGAAAGUUCGACGCGAUGCUGUCAAAGAACUCGCUCAGCAGACUGCUGAUGCCGGUGUCAGCACUAAAUUUGAUGUUCACCGCAAGCUUGUCGCUCUUGCAACCGGACUCAAGGAAGAGGAAUUGGAUCCAAUGGCUGCUGAACUAGCAGAGACCCUGGAAUUCGACCGUAUGAAUGGCAAGGGCCCAGGGGCGGAGUCGCCGGAGCCUGAACAGAAGGACUCGGCGUCAUUUCCCUUCCCCGGACCUACAGUGUCUGUGGAUGCGUAGAUGUGCUGGGAAUGAUGUCUUUCGAGUGCUCGAUUUGUAUACGAUGUAUCAUGUGACCCAUGGAGUUGUGGUGGUUGUGAUCUUUUUUUUUGCCUGCCUAUCUCUUUCCAUGUCUUUUUGGAUAUACCACUCUUUAUUGUUUUGAACGCGGGACCUUUGUCUUUCUUUCCUAUUACUUCUGGCGGGGAUAUCUCAGAUUCUGUCUUGCCAGCAGAUACCCAAUAUUUCCUUGUGACCUUUCUUCUGCUCUGAUCUCCUCCUCCCCCCCCCCUCAAUGCCUAUGAUUAAUUCGAUGUCCCGUUGUACUCAGCCCUUGGAAGACGCUCAUUGUUUGGAUGUGCCAAAAGCAGCUCACGAUACUACUCAGUGUGUGACUUCGCUGAGCAUACUGAAGUGGGUGUUUGUACAUACAUACAUGACAGGCUAAUAACAUAAUAUUCGAAGCCGACU